CGCAGUAUUUGUCGGCUUGCCUAGUGUUUACUGUAUGCGUUCAUUCACUUUAUCCACUCUCUCUCUAUCACUCUCACUCAUUUCUCUCCGUCUAUCUCUGUCUAUCCGUCUCACUCACUCCCACUGACCGUCUCCCUUCCGCCGCUCCCGUUUUAUAUUUACUAAUAUUAUUAUCAUCGCUGCAGUUCCGAAUAUAUUUUACCAUCGGCAAUAUUAUUAUAAUAAUAAUAUGUAUUUAACGUAUAUUAUUAUGAUAUAUCAAAUUUAUAUUCAAUUUACACGUUGUACAUAAUUUUAUAAUAUUAUAUAUGCCUAAGACACCGUAAUAUAAUAUAAUAUUAUGUGUUAUAAACUAUUAGAAUAUUACGUACACUAUAUUAUACCUGUUAUAAUAUGAGUAUUAGUUUUGUGUUAAAAUCGUGUUUCACCGCGGCAAUUGGUUUCAUUUGACAAAUUAUUAUAGUGUGCAACACAUACGGUAGUCUAAUAAUAUUAUUAUUAUACUGUGUUCGAUUUCGUUUUUAAGUGAUUUGUUUAUCCUCUUUUCCCGGCUUUAAAAUUAUUUGAACGCGUGUUCGAGAAAUAUCGAUCUACUACGGUGGGUGCGUCGUACGGGAUCACAAUAUUUCCGGUUAAAAAUAUUACGUAUAUAGUUAAGUUAUAGAAAUAUCUAAGUAAUAAAUCAGGAUUCAUGACUCCUAUAAAGAUGGAAAAAUAUCAGUGGAUUAAUCCAGAUAACCAUAGUAUUGCCGUUGACGACCAGAAACAACCAGUUUUAAAUGAAAAUGGUGAUCUUAUUGUGUUGGACAACGAAAGCGGAAAGUGUAUAGCAGUUCCUAACUCUGAGGAUGUAUUAGAAAUUUUUGGUUUUGGGUAUCAUGGGGGCUAUGGGUCACCCACUGGGUCGCCAAAAGAUUCUCCUGAACAUGAUAUGAAACCAAUCGUCCAAGUCUUGACAGGCCCUCUGACGCACAGUAAUAGUUUUUCAAAUUCGUAUUUCACUGACGGGGUGGAGGAGACAUCCGACGCCGACCAACUGCUGUGGAGCAUGAGAACGCCGUGCCAGAAGGAUAUCGAAGCGACCCGGGAGAUGUUAGCACUAGUGGCUUCUAAAAAAUACCAGGAUAUGUUCAACGACCAAUGUACGGUCAAGAUUCGGGUGUGGAAACGAAUUUGCGAGGAAUUGAUGUCGAAAGGGUACAGAAUCGCGGACUCGGUGAACGAAGGUGGCAUCAAGUGCCAUCAGAAAUGGCGCAACCUGGAGAAAUCGUACAGGAACUACUUAAUCAGCUCGACGGACCCGAACAGUUCAGCGCCUAAAAAACCGCCUCCGUACUUCGAGGCGCUGCACGACAUUCUCAAGCGGAAGAAGAAGUACGCGAACGCGGCCACGUACACGCAGACCGUGGUGGUCGGCGACGACAUGACCGAACCCGACGCGUCGAGCAUCAGCGGCAUUCACCACAUGAACGACUCGGACGCGGCACUGGACGACAUGGACGACGCGGACGGCCAGAACGACGACCACUGUUACGUGGUCAACAGUUCCGGUCACGUGUCCAAGCGGUUUAAAGUGGAUCCGCUGACCAUGUGCUCGACCACCAGUGGCGGCGGUAACGGCACCGGUGGCGGCGUCGGUUCGUCGUCGUCGUCGUCCCGGCGCCAUCAUCACGUCCAGCAACCGGACGUGCUGGAACAGAUACUGGAACACAUGGUCCGCGUGCACCGGGACACCUUGUCCAUGCACGAUCGGCACUUAAUCAGGAUGGAAAAGCUGAUAAAAGAUAACGCGACACAGACCAAGCGACUGGCCGACGUCAUGAGUCAGUUGUUGCACAACAGCCGGGCAGACGACUUCGGCAACGGCAAGAACAACGAUAAGUCGACCGGCAUGACGUCGUCGGACGUCGAAUGAUCAUAUUUUGAUCGUUCGCGACACAUAGCAUUUAUAUGAUAUAUAAAGUGUACAUUAUCCACGAUUAUAUAAUGACGCUGCAGUGCUGACGGAGAACGUCACACCCUUUUGACGACCAUUUUGUAUUUUUUUUUUCUUUUUCGCGUGCUCUACCGCAUUGUGAACGCAUCUUAAAGAUUUUCCUUUUAUCACCACCCUACUCCCACCAAUCAAUUUAGACUUCCGGUAUUUUCCCAAUAUAAUUCGCAAAUGGCUUGAAUAAUACGUAAUGAUAAAUACGUAUACGUAUUUAUAUAAUUUAAAUGUAUAAAAAACUAUGAUUAAAUAAUUAAGUGGCGUUCCCUUUUCAUGUAUCUAUAUAUGUAAAAAAAUAUAGUCCACCUGGCGAUUGUCGUCACGUUCGUCAAUUUAUUCUCCUUAUGUGUAUAAUCCAUAUUAAUUAUUAGUUAUUUGAAACCAUUAUACCUAUUAUAUUAUGAUAAUAAAACCAUUAUUAUAUUAUA